AUGGGUAGAAUUGAUGUCCAUCAUCACAUGCUACCGACAGAAUAUGUGCAAAAGUGGAAAGACGCGUCUGGAAUUCCGAAAGGCCUCACGCUCCCACCAUGGAGCAUUGAUUUGGACCUAAAGUUCAUGGACCGUAACGAUAUUGAUACAUCAGUCCUAUCUCUUAGUGCUCCAGGCCUCGCAUUCGUCAAUUCGGCUGACGAAGCUUCAAAACUGUGCCGGUCGGUUAAUGAGUAUGCAGCGGAGUUAGUGGCCCACCAUCCACUUCGAUACGGAUUCUUUGCAUCCCUUCCACCCCUUCAACAGCUCGACGCUUGCCUGGAGGAAGUCCGCUACUCUUUCGACGUGCUGAAGGCAGACGGGAUCACUCUUUUGUCGAGCUAUGAUGACAAAUACCUGGGCCAUGAAGACUUCCAGCCCCUUUGGCAAGAGUUGCAUCGUCGUGCCGCAGUAGUCUUCAUACAUCCAACUUUUGCGAAAACCUGGGGAGCUCCGUCCGACCUCACCAUUCCUCGACCUGUAAUCGAUUUUCCCCACGAGACAACACGGACUGCAGUCAAUCUCAUUACUUCGAACACCAUCCGCGACUUUGCAAAUUGCAAGAUCAUUCUUUCUCAUGGUGGCGGCACUUUACCAUACGUGGCGACGAGAAUUGCACACCAAACAGCCGACCUUGGCUUGAAGGACAAAUCGGCCAACGAGUUCAUAAAGGAAGCCAAGUCAUUCUAUUUUGAUCUUGCCUUGACUGGAUUCGAGGGUCCCGUCGAGCUUCUGCGUGACUUUGCGGAUGCAGAUCACAUUUUGUACGGAAGUGACUUUCCAUUUGCUCGGGAAGGAACGGUCGUCCCCCAGAUUUCAAACAUCAACGCCGCGCCUAUGCAAGCAUACGAGCGACACUCAAUCGAGUCUGGAGCAGCAAUGAAGCUAUUUCCGCGUUUCCAUAGAUAG